CCGACCUGCUGCUGUUGCACCUAUGAGUUACCGUGUUGAUGAAUAGCCGCGGCCCCGCGCGAGACAAACGAGCCGAUUAUGCCGAGAUAAAGAGUCUGCCUCGCGCUCAUCCGAUGAUGGCAUGCGAUGGUUCAUCCGCGGAGGAUUUCCCGGACAAAGUGAUGCCCAGAGCGGCUCCCUGCACGUGCAGCAAGAAGUGCAGGAGUCGCAGCAGCAGCAGUGUCGUCUUCUUGGGAUUAUUCCUGCUGUCUCUGUGUCUACACGCUGUCACCCUUGUCUGCUAUUUGGACCUGCGCUCCGAAGUCAAAAGGGAAAUUAUCCACCAGAAGCGGGACUCCAUGUUGACACUUGCGGGGAGUGACCUGGCUGACCCGGCGGCUGUGCUCUCGCCCGGACACCCGCGACUGGACCCCUGGAGCAGCCGCGGAGGAGACAGUCAGGAGGAGAAGUUACUGCACAGAAAUAGCGACUUCCAUGCCACGGAGGACCACAGGGGGAUAACUCAGCGAGCGAAACGAAGUCCCGGCAAGCAGCCAGAUACAGAACCACCGAGGAAGAAAGAGAAGAAAAAAGGGAAAAAGAGGUCAGUGCCGGGGCCUCCUGGUCCCCCUGGUCCUCCCGGCCCACAGGGGCCACCGGGCAUCCCUGGAAUCCCCGGUAUUCCUGGGAGCAACGCUGUGGGGCCUGCAGGACCUCCUGGACCCCCCGGGCCACAGGGACCUCCAGGCAAUCAAGGCCCAUCAGUUUCCGAAAGGACGGAAACAAAGGAAUUCCAGCCUGCAGUGGUUCAUUUGCAGGGGCAGGAGACGACAAUCCAAGUGAGAGAAGAUCUCUCUGAAGGCAUCCUUAGGAACUGGAAGAUGGUGUCCAUCCAUCACCGUGUGUUUAAAAUGCACUCUCGCUCUGGAGAGCUAGAGGUGCUGCUGGACGGUGUCUACUUCAUAUAUAGUCAGGUAGAAGUGUACUACCUCAACUUCACCGACAUUGCCAGCUAUGAGGUGAUGGUGGACUCCAACCCAUUCCUGCGCUGCACAUGCAGCAUCGAAACGGGACAGCGCAAGUUCAACACCUGCUACACGGCCGGCGUGAGCCUGCUGCGUGCAGGCCAGAGGAUCUCCAUACGCAUAGUGUAUGAGGACACGCUCAUCAGCAUGACCAACCACACCACUUUCUUGGGAAGUGUCAGGCUUGGAGAGGCUCCAUCUGCUGGACAGAACUGAUAACUACAAACCACAGCAGCACUUACAAAGAGGGAAAUGUUCCUCACUUUGGUCUAAUCAGAGGCAACUUUUCAGCCAAAGUCUUGUUGCUGUUUAGAGGAAACUUAAACCCUGAGGAGCUCCUGGCUGACUUUUGCUCACUUUUACACUUCUGUAUUAAAAAGGGCAAUAUAAACUGUUAUACUUUCCCUCAAACAUCCUCAUCAAACAAAAGUCUAUUUAUAGUCACCAGUUUGUGUCAACACAGACGGCAUCUCUCUUUAUAACAAGGAAGGACACUGCGCUGACAUAUGCUUAAUAUUUACAUAUUUUAAGUGCUGUUAAAUGAUAAUCUUGUACCUCCAAAACACGAGCUAUACAGGCUGUUUCAUUUGCAAUUUGUACACUCAACCUUUUUAAUUAAUUUAAUUGCAUUAGCAGAUACAAGUGGUUUAACAAGGGGUUAAAAGCCCUGUAUGCCCUUCAGUGUUGCCAACUUAGUGACUUUGUCGCUAUAUUUAGCGAGUUUUCAGACCCCUCUAGCGACUUUUUUUCAAAAAAGCGUCAAAUCCAGCGACUUUCUCUGGUGUUACUGGAGACUUUAAGAGACUCUGACGUUAAAGCAUGUAUUGUUGUUGCUCCUCUCCAUCAGCCCCUCCCCGUCCCAAAGCACUCACAGGCAGCACAGUCCUCACAGCAGUCCGUCUCAGCUGGUCUCAGCCUCUACAGUCUAUGGUCUCAGCUGCAGUCAGAGCAGGAGGUGCUCAUGCCCCCAUGUCAGACAGCAAAUUAAUCGCUUUGUGAAGGUGCCUUAACAGUUUUUUCUGUUGUCUCUUUUUGGUCGAUUUAAAGUUGUUAAUGAAGACUUUAUACAAAAAAUAUUUAUAAAUAUUAUGGUUAAAAAUUUUCAUGUUUCACUGGAAUUUGAUGUAGGCUUGUAAUUGGACCAUAAGGCUUAAAACUAAACCAAAAGUAAGAAAGCUAAACUUCUAAGAAAAAUAGAAUAAUUGAUAGAAUAAUAAACUAAAAAUAAAAAUUAAAGUUACUCUGCCAGAGUAUCUCUCUAGUUAUUUUUUGCCAGUCCCAAGCCCAGAUAAAGGAGGAAGGUUGGAAUUGUGACGUUAUAAAAACAAGAAUUGACAGGAGCAAGUUCGUUUGUAGUUCUAUACAUCUUAAAGAUCUUUUUACUCACUUUUUGUCUCUCUCAUGACGUUUUCCCUCUCUCCUACAGCGUCCACUACAAUUAAAUGCGUACCCAUGAUUAUGCAAAUUAGGUGAUGAUGUCAUUUAGCGACUUGUGGCGACUUUUAGGACAGCCAAUAGCUACUUUCCUUACUGAGGAGUUGGCAACACUGAUGCCCUUAAGGAAUAAAAAAGGGCAUCAAUGUUCAAAGCAAGUAUAAGGUAUUCAUGCAAAGCUGAGAAAAAGCCAUUAAAUUGGAGUUAUAAGGUAUUCACAGAACAACAGCACUAUAUAUUUUGCGCACAUUUGCACUACAGCAUCCCUGCAGAAUAUCAGUGAUAUGUUUUGUUACAGUGCUAUUGUUUUGUAACCGUAUGAAUGAAUACAUGUGGAAAAAUGAUAGUUGUUUAUACGUCUGUACAUAUUGUAUAUAAAAUGGGAUAUACUUUUGUAAAUGGAGUUGAUUGAUGGAUUAAAAUGUUUCAUUUUC